AAAGUGCACGCACACACACACACGCUUGAGAUCGACUGACAUUAUUUACCAACACGGAAUGGCAGCCCGCUGUAGACAGCGUAUCUACGCACUGUUCGAAUAUAAAACGGAGAAAUUCUUCAUCGCGAAAAACAAAAAGGUCGGAUUGGUGUUCAGACUUAUUCAGCUCGCAGUGCUCGGAUACUUAAUCGGGUGGGUCUUCAUAUGGAAGAAAGGCUACCAAGAAAGAGAAGAAGCAAUCCAGAGCUCAGUGUACACAAAGCUUAAAGGUUCUGCCGUGGCUAACACCACAGAGCUUGGAUCACGUGUAUGGGGUGCAGAAGAUUAUGUCAUACCAUCUCAGGGGGAUAAUGUCUUCGUUAUUAUAACAAAUUACCUUGAGACUCCAAACCAAAGGCUGAGCUUCUGUGCUGAGAGUCCAGACAUCCCUGAUGGCGUCUGUUCUCACGAUCAUGACUGCACAAAGGAUGAAUCUGUUAAAGCAGGACAUGGCGUGAAGAUGGGACGCUGUUUAAAUGACACAGGCACGUGUCAAAUUUAUGGCUGGUGUCCAGUUGAACACAGUCAUACACCGAUGGAGCCAGUGCUGAGAAAAGCAGAAAACUUCAGCGUCUAUAUCAGAAACUUUAUUAAGUUUCCGAAGUUCGACUUCUCCAAAUCCAAUGUUCUCCCCUCCAGCAACCACUCAUAUCUGAAAUCAUGCUACUAUGACAAAGUCCAUCACCCAUUUUGCCCCAUCUUCCGAGUGGGAGAUAUAGUCCAGUGGGCUGGUCACAUCUUUCAAGAAAUGGCUGUCAAGGGUGGAACUAUUGGAAUGGGGAUUGAGUGGAACUGUGAUUUAGAUAAAGACUUCUCUAAAUGCACCCCUGAGUACAGCUUCACUCGUCUGGACAUCACAAAAGGCUCAAACAUCAGUGGAUAUAACUUCAGAUUUGCUCGCUAUUACAAAGAUAAAGAUGGAAAGCCUUAUCGUUCGCUGUUUAAAGUGUAUGGCAUUCGAUUCGAUAUCAUGGUUAAUGGAGAGGCAGGAAAAUUCAGUAUUGUCCCCACAGUAGUGAACAUUGGGUCUGGAGUUGCUUUAAUGGGUGUUGGAGUGUUCUUCUGCGACAUGAUCCUCGUCUAUUUGAUGAAAAGGAGCUCGUUCUAUAGACAGAGGAAGUUUGAGACUAUAACAGAAAUGCCGGAUAGACGGCCCAGAGAGAAGAAGCAAAAAGAAAGACGUGACAAACUGGACUUGGAGAACCAGCUGCAGUUGUCCUCACCUAAUCGAAGUCGGAGAAAGCACAAACACCGCAGUCCUAGUAAACACAAACACUCCAGUUCUGAACAAAAGCACGUUAAAGACACAACAGCCAGAUCCAACAGAAGUCCUGACAGAAAGCCUGUAGCUUAGACUGCUUCAUCCCUGACCACAGAAAGUACAAAUAAAUAAAGCAGGUAGAUAAAAAAAAAUCUAAAAUUGUUUUUUGAGAGAACUACUGUAUACUGUGAACGAGAGGACAGACAUUGACUUAUGCCGACAAAUAUGAUCUAUUCCAUGUUGUGCCAAAGCUGAACAAUUCUGUGAAAUUUUGUGUUAACUGUAUCUGAAUGAUCAAACUUAAAACUGUUAAUCGCUUUAGACAUGACUAACUUAUUUGUAAAGAAUAAAUACGCCAGAACUGAAAGAACAUAAAGGUGUUUGAAGGUAGAUGAAUGAGAGAUCCAAUGUCCCUCUAGCCAAGAGGACUCUCCAAGGGAAAAGGAGCGAUUUACCAGAACGUUUUAAUGUUAAAAAAGUAUUAAAAUAGCAUUUUACAGCUUUUAAUGUCAAAAGGUCAUUAUUUUCAUCAAUUCAUUGUUGCCGUGUUUUCAUGGUGGGUGCUAAAGAUUUUUGAGUUGAUAUAUGACAUCUACAAUAUGAACAGUAUUAUAAAAAGUGGUCCGUGUGUGUGAAAUAGUCACUGGUCAAUGGUUGUUACAUUACCUUUUGAUAUUUAUUUUGAUCCCCACCACCACAAAUACUAUCUUUUAUUAUGAAUGGAUAAGUAAUACAUACAUGGUUAUUAAAGUAGAGUUGAUUAAAAGAGAAAUAAAAAAACUAAAAAUUA